AUGCACUCCACCGUUCUCCUGCUGGCCCUGGCAGGCCACUUAUGCAGUGCGAUCCCUGUACAAGAUGGUCCCCAACAACGCCUGUUAAAUGGCCUUGAACUCCCUAAAUCUUACAAUAGUGUGACGGGAGGCGGUCGCAUCCCGUUCACACCGGGCCACCGAGACCCUUACGAUAAAGCUGUUGAUACAGUUGGUGAUGAACUCGACCCUCUCCCCUGGCGCAAUGGAUUAGGCGCUUCGGUCCUGGGGCCUUGGAACAAGGAUCGUUCCCGACAGAGCCCCGAUCUUGUGCGACCUCCCAGUACCGACAAGGGCAAUCUGGCUAAUAUGCGCUGGAGCUUUGCUGAUUCCCAUAUCCGUAUUGAGGUAAGGGCUCUUUCCUCUUCAUAG